AUGGCCGAGACACACGCCCCGCCCCCCAACGUCCCCGGCGGAACAGCAGGCGCGGGCAACACCAAGCUCGCAGCCGUCAAGACGAACGCAGCGUACCUUCUCCACGGGAAGAAUGCGGCCGUCCAGCCGAAAAGCGUCGCGACGAGGGGUCUGCUGACAACGUGUCGAUAUGUGAUCAAGUACAUGAUCCGCCGCAUGUUCCGGGUGGCCAAGUACGCCGCUAUCGGCGCCACUGUGGCUGUGGUCGGAACGACUGUGCUCGGCGCGCUCGGGACGAGUAUGGCGUGGUUCGCGGCCCCGAGUCUGGGUAUGGGUAUCGGAACGGGCAUCAUCUGGGGACUUGUCAAGAGACGCAAGGGCGGCAUGGGACGACAUGGGAGGGAUGGGGAAAGUGACAGAGAGCGAGCAACGAGCGGAACCAGGAGCAGUGCUGACGAACAGUUCGGCUGGCGCCACCGCCCAGACCGUCUCCGCGUCUCGUGGUGGGAGUCGAUGAAGGAGCGCGCGGAUGCCGGCUCCGACCCCGCCAAGGACGAGGCGGGCGAUGCGGCCGCAGCGGCCGAGACGCCGGUACGUAAGCGCGCCGGUCGGGACGAUAUCUGGAUGGAGAUGUAG